UUCUGUUUCUCUAUCUCUCCUGUCAUUGUCUCUCCCUUGGAUCUCGCUCGUGCGCUCUCCUCCCCCCUUCCCCUCCCUUUCUCUGUUUCUUCGUCCUUGUCACCCUCUCUGAUCUGCUUGGUCUCUAUCUAUCCUCUGUCAAUGUUCAUUUCUGUCUCUUUGGGUCUGGGCUCGUGUCUCUCCUGCUCUUUCUACUUCUGUCUCUUCUCUUCUUCUGUCUCUGUCCAUCUCUGAGAAAGCUAUCUUUCUGCUUUUUUCUUAUGGCCCCCGACACUUCCCUGAAUCAAUGACCACCUCCUCUUGUGCUGGGGGUUAUGGGGACAGCAGGGCCCAACACUCAUAAUUCCCACCCCCACAGGCGGCCCUUUCCUCGGGGCCCCGCCUGGUGCCAGCCCCCCCACAAGCGGGGGGACUGCGCCUGGAAGCUGUAAUGGAGGCCCUGCAGAGGCAGCAGGCAGCCCGACUGGCCCAAGGGGUGGGGCCAUUGGUCCCUCCGCACCCACUGCCACCACCACUACCUCUCUUGCCCGGCCCCCGGACCCUACAGGCCCCUGAGGGGGCCUUGGGGGAGGUUGGGACAGAAGAAGAGGAGGAUGCUGAAGAGGAUGAGGAAGGGGAGGAAGCCGGGGCAGAGGAGGAGGCAACCGAGGAGAGCCAUACAGGGACCCGGGGCCCCAGCUCACCUUCCAGCCAACCUCCUGGACCUCAUCCCCAUGAAUGGACCUACGAGGAACAGUUCAAGCAGCUGUACGAGCUUGAUGCAGACCCCAAGAGGAAGGAAUUUCUGGAUGACCUGUUUAGCUUCAUGCAGAAGAGGGGGACGCCAGUGAACCGCGUGCCCAUCAUGGCGAAGCAGGUGCUGGACCUGUACGCGCUCUUUCGCCUGGUGACCGCCAAAGGUGGCCUGGUGGAAGUCAUCAACCGCAAGGUGUGGAGGGAGGUCACGCGCGGCCUCAGCCUGCCCACCACCAUCACGUCGGCAGCCUUCACUCUACGCACCCAGUACAUGAAGUACCUGUACCCCUACGAGUGCGAGACGCGGGCUCUCAGCUCCCCGGGGGAGCUCCAGGCAGCCAUCGACAGCAACCGGCGCGAGGGCCGUCGUCAGGCUUAUACCGCCGCCCCGCUGUACGGCUUAGCCGGCCCUACCCCUCGGGGACCUCCCGGCCAAAUCUCCACUCCUGGAGCCGCAGCGCCCGCGCCCACGCCCAGCCCCCGCCCUGCCCCCGGCUCCGCCUCCGGCCUACCGGCGCACGCCUGCGCGCAGCUCAGCCGGAGCCCCAUUAAGAAAGAGGAAAGUGGAAUUCCAGCCCCUCGACUGGCACUGCCUGUGGGCCUGGCUUUGGGGCCUACAAGGGAGAAAUUGGCACCAGAGGAGCCCCCAGAGAAGAGGGCUGUGCUGAUGGGGCACAUGGAUCCACCUCGACCUGGAGCUCCCCCCAGUUUCCUGCCCCGUGGCAAGGUUCCUCUGAGGGAAGAGCGGCUGGAUGGGCCUCUCAAUCUGGCAGGAAGUGGUAUCAGCAGUAUCAACAUGGCCCUAGAGAUCAACGGGGUAGUCUACACUGGUGUCCUGUUUGCCCGUCGCCAGUCUGUGCCAGCUUCCCAGGGCCCAACCAACCCUGCACCUCCUCUCCCUACAGGGCCCCCUUCCAGCACCUCACCCUGAGAACUCCCACUUGGAAUAAAGAGUCCUGGCCCCAAUGCUGAGGGUUGGGGGGAGGAGACAUCCCCCACAACUUGAUUCUUCCAGGCUGCCCACUCUAGGACCCAGCCUUGGGAGAGGAUCCCUUACCCACCAUGCCAUGUAGACUUGAAGCCAAAGAGUUUUCUUUUGAUGUUACAUCUACCUCAUUGUAACGGGAGAGCACCUCCUCCCUGGCCAACCCCAGCAGCAUCUACCAAAGAGUUCUGACCCAGUAACCCUCAUCAUCUCCUCAUGUGCCUCCCUGUGUCAAUGUCAUCUCUAGGACCCCACCUCUUCAGAUCAGACCUGCUUCUCUUCAGAAGCCAUGUGAAGGGUUAGGUUGGGUGUUGUGAAGGAGUCGAUCCUCAGGUCACAUCUGCAUAAUAAAGCUGCAGUCCCUCCCUCUCUAGUGCCUACUCUUCUUUUUGUUUGGGUCUGGGGUUGGGGAGGAAUUACUGGUAUACACAGGCUGUGUUGGGCCAGGGGUUUUCAGAAGGGAAGACAGAAUAGUAAAGUUCCAUGAAGGUAGAGGGGCUGGGUUUCUUGAAUCAGACUGCCUGAGUUCAAAUCCUGAUUCUGCUACUAGAGUGUGGAGUGGCCUUGGACAAGACAUUUAAUCGCUUGAACCUUAGAAGACGGCUAAAGAUUAUGAGAUUUCAAGGAGUCUCCUACUAAUCCAUGGGAAUGGACCAAUCCUUAAAUAAUAGGUGUAUUUAUAUGGGCAAUCUCGGGGGAUGGGGUGGGAAACCUCUCUGGUUCCCUGGAAUUAGAAGAAAGGUAAGCAGGAGCUGAAAGCAAGGGUGGGGCUUGACUGGUAGCUGUUGUCUAGGUAACCGCCCACACAGCUUU